UGUCAACUCCUUGGGGUAAUAAAACCUUGUCCUAAAUUUCCACUUACGAAUCGAUCUCUGUUAUCCAAACAAGUUCGAAGGAAAAAUCUCUCGGCGAAAAACAUGUCAAAUCAGUCUUCUGAACCACUUCCCGGUUCAAUCAUCAGCACCAUAAAUCCGUAUGAAAAACUCAAAAUCAUUUACGACCCAGCUACUGAUUCUCUUACUAGAAACUCCUCCAUUCCGAUCACCAAUUAAGAAGAUGAUCCAGACACCAAAGACGUUGACUUGAACCCCACAAACAAAUCCUGGAUCAGAAUUUUCAGACCAUCCGAAUCUCAAAAUAAUCAACUUCUUCCACUCAUAAUUUACUUUGGGUUUAUUCAAUUUCAUGCAAAUUCAACGGUUUUCCAUAGUUUCUGCAAGUCCAUGGCGGAUCAGUUAUCCGUUAUGGUCAUCUCCGUAGAGUAUCGUCUCGCACCGGAGAACCGUCUCCCAGCGGCUUACGAAGAUGCCGUGGAGUCUCUAAUUUGGGUUAAGAAUCAAGCUAUGGAUACAAUCAAUGGGGAACCAUGGUUGAGAAACUAUGUUGAUUUCUCAAAAUGUUUCGUCAUGGGGUCAAGUGCAGGUGGAAACAUUGCUUAUAGUUCCUGUUUAAGUGCAUCGGAAUUGGAUUUAGAACCAAUAAAGAUUUGUGGGUUAAUAUUGAACCAACCACAUUUUGGUGGAGUCGAAAGAACGGAUUCUGAAUUGAGAUUGGUUAACGAUGACCGUGUGCCGCUAGUUGUCAAUGAUUUGUUGUGGGAAUUAGCGUUACCAAUCGGCGUCAACAGAGAUCAUGCUUAUUGUAAUCCAUUUGUUGAUGAGAAUUUAGAAAGGAAAUUAAGGUUCGUAAAGAGAUGUUUAGUUGCUUGUAGUAAAGGAGAUCCGUUGGUUGAUCGGGAUAUCGAGUUUGCCAAGAUGUUGGAUGGAAAAUGUGUUCAAGUUGUGAGUUUGGUUGCAGAAUCUGGGUCUCAUGGAGCGGCACAUACUGAUCCAAACAAGGCUCAAGAGUUGUUUAAAGUUGUAAAAGAUUUCAUGUUCUCUGAAAAUUGAGAUUAGUGUCAUACUGAAAUGAUAUUGUAACAAAAAAAAGUACAAGUUUGAAUUAAAAUUUAAAAUUAUCAAUGUGACAAAGUAGAUUCAUGGCUUAUCCAUUCUUUGAAUCUUCUUGGUAAUAGCAGAGAAAGUCAAAUGAAUUGUUUCAGUUUUUCCAGCAAA